GAAAAAACCCUCGCCUGCUUUGGACUCCUCCCAUUUUCUCUCUCGCUCAAAUCGCAGAAAAAGGGUUUUGAAGAGGCGUAAGUGAUGGCGGGACUUGCAUCACCGGUCAUGGCGGCACAAGACGAUAUGAAUAGCAAAGUGGAGGAGAAAGUGGAUUACGCGAACCUCCCUUGCCCUAUUCCCUACGAAGAAAUCCACCGAGAAGCUCUCAUGUCUUUAAAGCCUGAGCUUUUUGAGGGUUUACGCUUCGACUUUACCAAGGGGUUGAACUCAAAGUUUUCUCUUAGUCACAGUGUAUUGAUGGGACCAACAGAAGUUCCUUCCCAGUCUUCUGAAACGAUCAAAAUUCCAACCGCACAAUAUGAGUUUGGUGCGAAUUUUAUUGACCCAAAGUUGAUGCUUAUCGGAAGGGUCUUGACGGAUGGUCGACUAAAUGCGAGAGUGAAGUGCGAUUUAACUGAUAAGCUGAUCAUGAAAGCUAAUGCUCAGCUCACAAAUGAACCCCAUAUGUCACAUGCGAUGUUCAACUUCGAUUACAUGGGAUCAGACUACCGGACCCAGUUUCAACUUGGAAAUGGAGCCUUACUUGGAGCUAACUAUAUCCAGAGUGUGACACCCCGCCUUGCUUUGGGUGGUGAGAUUUUCUGGGCUGGCCAGCACAGGAAGUCUGGCAUUGGUUAUGCUGCUAGAUAUGAGACAGAAAAGAUGGUCGCCACUGGUCAAGUGGCCAGCACUGGUAUGGUUGCCCUGAGCUAUGUUCAGAAGGUGUCAGAGAAGGUUUCACUUGCGACGGAUUUCAUGUACAACUAUAUGUCGAGAGACGUUACAGCCAGUGUGGGCUACGAUUACAUUCUCAGACAGUGUCGUUUAAGGGGGAAGAUCGAUUCCAACGGUGUUACAGCUGCUUACCUCGAAGAACGAUUGAAUAUGGGCCUCAAUUUCAUUCUUUCCGCAGAGCUCGAUCAUAAGAAAAAGGACUACAAGUUUGGGUUCGGUUUGACAGUCGGGUGAUUUGAGGGUCCGCAAGGAAGGCGUAAUAAUUCAUUUAGAAGCUCUCGGGGUUAUGAGAAAGCGCGAUUUUGCCGUCAGUUUCGGAUCCGUUUUCGCCUCUGAUUGCAAGUAUUGUAUUCUCUCUCUGUAUCAUUGGUGGCGGCAGCAAAUUUUAGCCAUUGGAUUCAGAUAAAUUUGGGCAGUUUGAUUACAUUUUUCUCUCUCAAUUUCCUUAUAAUUUGCCUUUAGACGUUUCUCAGAGUUGUUGAAGUAUAACAUACAAGUGAGAGGCUUUUCGUUUAGGCAUCCGUCCAAAUAAUAAUGCAAUGAUUUCGUUUUCCC